CUGCAUCACACACACUGACGAUCUUCUCCUCAUCUGCUGGGUUCAAACCAACUCAGUCUUUCCAGGUUCGUUCACAUGGCUCCUCAGAAGAAUAAGCGCCGCAAGAGGGAAGUCGUCGGCUCCCGAACCCUCCCAAAACCUUAUCUGGACCAGGACUUCAAGAAACUACGAAAGAGCUGCAUCACUACCAGUGUUAAAUUCACUGAUGAGAAGUUUCCCGCAGAUCGGCGCUCCAUCGGCUCCGGCCUGCUGUCCAGCACCAACAUGGGUACAGUGGUGUGGAAGAGACCACCGGAGCUGGUGGACAAUCCUUGUCUUAUUGUAGAUGGCGAGUCCAGAUUUGACUACUCUCAAGGAGACCUCGGAAACUGCUGGUUUUUGGCUGCGAUUGGAGCGAUCACGUUACAGAAGGACAUCAUGGAUCAAGUGAUUCCUACAGAUCAGUCGUUUCAAAAGGAUUAUGCAGGAAUAUUUCAUUUUAGGUUCUGUUAUAACGGAAAGUGGGUGGAUGUUGUGGUAGAUGAUCAGCUACCAACACUCAAUGGAAAGCUCAUCUUUGUUCACUGCAAAACCAUGAAUGAGUUCUGGCCUGCACUGCUGGAGAAAGCCUACGCCAAACUGUUUGGUUCAUACGCAGCAUUGCAUGGUGGGUAUAUAUCUGACGGUCUGCGUGAUUUCACCGGUGGAGCAUAUAGAAUAUACAAUCUGAGAAACGCUCCUAAUAACAUGUGGGAUCUGAUGGAUCAGGCAGUGAAGAAACAGGCCUUAAUGGGAUGUGGCACUCCACAGGGGAGAACAUCUGCUAACACUGUGCUACCCAACGGUAUAGUGGAGGGUCACGCCUACACUGUCACUGGAGUCACCAAGGUACAGUCUCAGCUUCAACUGGUUAAGCUGGUGAGAGUGUUGAACCCGUGGGGAGAGGGCGAGUGGAAAGGAGACUGGAGCGACAAAUCGCCUCUGUGGAACGAGGUGAGUCCGGACGAUUAUAAAACAUGGCUGGAGGAUAAAAACAAUGGAGAGUUCUGGAUGUCGAUGGGGGAUUUCUGCAAGAGUUUUGAUGAGCUGGAUAUCUGCUGUAUCACUCCAGAUUUCCUCAUCUAACCCAACAUGUGACAUCGACAUCAGCUCAUUACUGUAAAAUAAUACUCUCGUGCUACACCAAAAUACUGUCCAGUCAUAUGAAUAUAACUGACCAGGUGGACUGCCACACAGGUGAAGAAUUACAUCAAGUCUGUUACUUUCUUAUAACAUGACAGUUAGCUGGUAGAGUUGAUGGUGGCCACAUAUUUUCCCUGUCCUACGUGGAUUUCCACUGGGUACUCUGGUUUCCUCCAACAUGCAGAAGGUGUUAUUAUGGCUUCGUUAAACUGUUCUUGUGAAAGUGAAUAAAUAAAAAAGAGUUUGAAGUC